CAGAUUUGGAGGGCGGAGGUAGAGAGACAGACUGUACUAACGACGCAGCGUAUGUAUAUAUAUAUAUAUAUAUACGUAUGAGGAGAUGCGGGGUGUAUGGACUAGCUAUAUGCCAUUAUCGCAUUGUUUGUGUUGUAUUUGUGUGAUGCUUUAGGCGUCUUGUUUGUUCAUGUUAGAGCUAAACUUCUAUAGUGGGAGUUCUAUUAUUCAAGUCAGUGGUUUGCGUGUUUAGCAUUCCAUACCUCACGGAGUAACUCUCCUGUUACUCACCCCUCCUAUUCCUUUCCCUUUCAGGUGAGACUGACGAGCAGGAGUGAUUGCUAUCGGAUUGGUACUUUGGGAAUUUUAUUUUUUUCUUUUUCAGACUUGCAGAUUUUAUGGUUUUAUCAGUAUUUUCGGAAUUUAUUAUGUUAUCUGGAUUUAUGGCUAUUUAUUGGAUUCAUGACUUUGGAGUUGACUUUUGAGAAGUAAUAAAUGGAGAUUUCAGAUUUUUUAUUUAUUUAAGUUAUUUUGGAAAAUACGGGUGUUACACUCUCCUUCCUCUCCAUUUCUCUCCUUCCUCCCCAUCUAUUUCCUUGCUCAUCCCUUUGUAUCCUCUUCCUUGCCCCUUGCUUAUCUCUCUGCGCCCACAUCUCUACAAGACCUCAUCCUCGCCCCUUUGAUGAUCCUUCAUUGUGACUAUCUCCUCUCCCUAUCUACUCGCACUUACUUCUUUGCUCUUGAUUAUAACCCUCUCCUCCUUGCCUUUUUAUCCUCCUUGACAUGCUCCCACAAAUGUGCUCAUCUUUCUUGUAAACAACUAGCCGUAAAGCAUUUUUCGAAAAGUAUUCGAAACCCAUUGUUUCCGUAAAAAAAUGGUCAAACGUUGAGUCAAAAAAGUUAAAUUGUUAACACUAAAAGAUAUUUUCAACGAAAAGAAAUCAUUUUUGUCAUUACAUAAACUAACAUCAUAAAAACCGCAGUUCUGAACGAAUGAACGAAAACAGCAAAAAAAAUUUUUAAAUGACAUAAAACAUAAAAUGGCCUAAAUCAUAAAAUGGCCAGCAAUGACCUUAAAAAAACAGUCCGUGAUAAUCAAAAUUGUAACGAAACUCAAAUUAUUGAUGGUAUAUUUUCUCGGAGAGGAAGAAUGAAUAAAAACGAGAAAAUGAAAACUUUUGAACAAGAUAAACGUGAAUCUUAGAGAAAAGAAAGAAUCCAAGAAUGGAAAGUUGAUAAGUUCAAAUCUACAAGGAGACGGCCAACCUAGAUAGUAGUAUGUAAACAAAGGUUUAGACCAGUGGCAGAGGAAAUGAAGGAGUAGGAGGGUCAAUUGACCCCUAUAAAUUUUUAAAUUUUGUUUAAUAUAAGCUUAUAAAUUGUGGGUUUGAACCCCUUGUUUUUUAUGAAAUCUCUAAUAAAUUUAUAUAUAUAUAUAUAUGAUUUUGACCCCAUUGAAUUUUGUGCUAUCCCGCCACUGGUUUAGACAGAACAAUUAGUCUUUCUAUUCACGAUUUCUUAGAUUCCACAUUCUCUACAUAAGUGCAUCCGAUUAUUUUUAGGAAAUUAGUUUUAGGUGGUCUUAGUCUAGCGAACCUAACUUAACUGAUUUUCUGCUGUGCUUUGUUGUUUUAUUGCAUGUAUCUGAUUAGUAGACGAAUUUGUUAGUGCAGUGACGACUGAGUUUUAGAAGCUGAAGAAAAACAAUUUCUCAAGGUUUUCAUGUACCAGUCGUGAAGUACUACAUGAAGUCGUACAUGAAGUGCUACAUGAAGUGAAGCUGAAGUGAAGCUGUGUAUCUGACAUGAAGACUGGACUUGGAGCCGACGUAGAGCUAAAAUACAAGAUACUUGGAGGCUAAGCAAGUUAUGAUUUACCUUGGAAAAAAGGUAAAUCAUUAAGGAAAGAUUUCCAAAAGACUUUGAAGAAGAUUUGGAAAUAUUCCAUAAAGGAAGAUAUUGUAAUAUCUCUUUCUUGGGAAGUUGGCUAGGGCAAGCCACGAAAUCUACAAGUAUAAGUAGACAGAGACGUGCCUUGGGAUAGGUACCACCUCAAGACAAGGCCGUAAGUAUAAAGGCUUUGGUGUUGAAUUAGAGUAGACACAAAGCAUAAGGGCUAGGGGUCAUGAGGAGAUCAGAGGGGUUCUUGGGUUAGUUUGAUCUAGGAACGUGUUAGGCUAGUGUCUCUGUCUGAGUGUGACAUGUUAGUCAAUUCGGAAGAGAGCUAGUAAGACACUUUAUCUAUGUAAAGAUAAACAUUCAUUAUAUCCUGCUGUAGUACUUUGUGAAAUAAAUAAAAGCAUUGUACUUGUAUGUAUUACUCUUUGUAACAGAUUCGUCUUACACUUUCAAGUGGUAUCAGAGCGGGUCACUUAAGUCACUGGUGAAGAUCCUGAAGGCAAGAGGGAAUACUGAAGACAGAGUACAGCAGGAAGCAUGGUGGUUGAGCAUAAGCAGUGUCUGAGCGCUGAAGGAGUGUAUGGGCGCUGAAGCAGUAUAUGAGUGAUGUAUUCUAAAACUCAAUCAUCAGGGGGGAGAUUGUUAGUGCAGUGACAACUGAGUUCUAGAAGCUGAAGAAAAACAACUUUUAAAAGUGACCAUGUACUAGUCGUGAAGUAUUAAAUGAAGUCGUACAUGAAGUGCUACAUGAAGUGAAGCUGAAGUAAAGCUGUGUACCUGACAUGAAGACUGAACUUGGAGUCGACGUAGAGCUAAAAUACAAGAUACUUGGAGGCUAAGCAAGCUAUGAUUUACUUUGGAAAAAAGGUAAAUCAUCAAAGAAAGAUUUCCAAAACACUUUGAAGAAGAUUUGGAAAUAUUCCAUAAAGGAAGAUAUGGUAAUAUCUCUUCCUUGGAAAGUUGGCUAGGGCAAACCACGAAAUCUACAAAUAUAAGUAGAUAGAGACGUGUCUUGGGAUAGGUUCCACCUCAAGACAAGACCGUAAGCAUAAAGGUUUUGGUGUUGAAUUAGAGUAGACACAACAUAAAGGCUAGGGGUGAAGUUAGAAGGGUGUUUGGGUUAGUUUGAUCUGGGAACAUGUUAGACUAGUGUAUAUGUCUGAGUGUGACAUGUUAAUCAAUUUAAAAGAGAGAUAGUAAAACAUUUUAUCUAUGUAAAGAUAAAUUUUUAUUAUAUCUUGCUGUAGUACUUUAUGAAAUAAAUAAAACAUUGUAGUUAUAUUUAUUACUCUCUGUAACAGACUCGUUUUGCAAUACAUAAUUCUGUAUAAAAGAAUUACGUUGGAUUUGAUCAUGGAAAGAGAUACUUGACAACCUUUCAUAAAACAUGGAGAGAACCGUAUAAAAACUAUGAUUUGACCCGUUGUAUUUUGCUAUUCAAGCUGACCAGUUCAUCAAAAAGAAGAUAAUUAUGACCGAGUCGGUCAGACCGACUGAAGCAAGACCACGUGGACAGCACAUGGCAAAAACACCGGUUCAAGAAAAAGUAAACCGAGACAUCUAGAAUCAGCAACCCGGUAAGCCUCGAAUAUUAGCGAGAAAGAUUAAUAAGAAAGGACGUGGCAUUUAUAGCCCCAACAUAAAAAGGUCUUUGUUGCUCAUUUCAUUCAUCAACAACAACAACACGUUCUCCUGACUUCUCUCCGAUCUAGGGUUUGCUCACACCGACAACGAUGAUCCAGCUCCUUUACUCGGUGAUCUUCGCCGAGAUGGCGUUGAUCCUCCUUCUCCUCUUCAAGACGCCUCUCCGAAAGCUCAUCAUCCUCACCUUCGAUCGCAUCAAACGCGGCCGCGGCCCCGUCGUCGUCAAAACCAUCGGCGCCACCGUCUUCGUCGUUCUUAUCUCCAGCGUCUACAGCUUGCUUAGUAUCCAGCGCCGAUCCGAGGAUGGUGCCGUUCUCAAUCCUACUGAUCAGGUCCUCGCCUCCAAGCAUCUUCUCGAAGCUUCUCUUAUGGGGUUUGUGCUGUUUCUUUCGCUAAUGAUUGAUCGACUACACCAUUACAUAAGAGAGUUGCGGUUGCUGAGGAAGACAAUGGAGACCGCAAAGAAACAGAACAGAAGUUUCGAGGAUGGCAAAAACACGAAUGGGGAAGAAGUUAAAGCGCUUGGAGAAGAAAUCGCAGUGUUGAAGGCGAAGAUCAAGAAAUUAGAAUCUGAAAGUGAAAGCAAAGGCAAAGAACUGAAAAGUGCACAAGCUGAAACAGAGGCUCUGAGAAAAUCAGCUGAUGGGUUUCUGAUGGAGUAUGAUAGGCUGCUUGAGGAUAAUCAGAAUCUCAGGAACCAGUUGGAGUCUAUCGGCCAUAGCCCAGAGGGAAAGAAGAGUAUGUGAAACAGAGAAAUACAAUGGUAUAAUAUGUAAUAUUUUCUUUUGUAGAGCCCAAAGAAACUUUAGGAUAUCUGGAUUUCUGAUUUUUGCGUUCAUGCAUUAUGAUAUCAUCUUCUCAUCUUUGAAAAUAGUUUAAUGUGUGUUUUGAUAUAUAUAGUAGACAUGAAUUCGGUAUAUUUAUGAAUCCUAAUUGAGAAAAUCAAAUGACAUAAGUAAACACAUAGGUUCUAAAUUAAUCAACACAAAGUGAAUAUAAUUGAUUAGAUUAUGUAUUUUACGCUGUUGUAGCGAGAGAUUUGUUGUAUAGCUUUUUCAAGUGAUAGACAUUUAGAUUUUCGUUCAGAUUUAGUAAUUUUGAUUUUUAGAGUUAGAAAUUUAUAUAUGAUUCAGAUAUUUAUAAAUUUUGGUUUGAAAUUGGAUUGGAUUUGGGUUGAAUUAUUGCAGAUUUGGUUUAGAUUCAAGUUCGGAUACCUAUUUUAAUUAUGUAUUUUUUUAAUAAAAAUUCAAAUAUACUUUAUCUUCGAAAUCCAAAAACAAAAUUAAUAUAAAAUAUAAAAAUUAAAUAAUUUCAGACUAAAUACUUAACUUUACAUAAAAAUAGUCCAGUUUAAAUAUUUAGAUGGAGAAAAAUAUAUAGUUUAAGUAUUUUGAACAUAUUUUGUUAUUUUAUAUAUUUUAUAUUAAUGAAUAUCUAAUAGAUAUAAAAUUUAAAAUAACUGAUAUAUUUAAAUAUAUAAUUAUGUUUUAGAUAUUUUCGGUAUCCAAAAUAUUUCAGUUAAGAUCAGAUUUAGAUUUGGUUAUCCAGAUAUUAAUUUUUUUUAGAUCCAUUUGAGUACUUUAUCAAUUUUAGUUUGUGUUUAGUAUUAAUAUUAAAUCAAGUUCGGCUCGAUUCUUCAGAUCCAAAUAUUUUACCUAGAUUUACUUUCUUGAACAAAUAUAAAGAAAAAUAAUAAAUGUAAAAUUAAUAUGUUAGGCUUAUUUUACAUACAUAAUGAUUGGACCACACUUUAAAAAUACCAAUAAAAAUGCUUGAGCAUUGUGUCAAUAUUAUUGGACUUGUUAAAAAAUUGACAUAGUCUAUAACCAAUAACGUGUUCUUUCUUAUAAAAAUUCUUGGUAAAUAUGAUAAAACACUAUACAAUGGAGUGAAAUAGGUUAGAGUUGCGUCAAAAAUAAUGUGAUAUCUUCACUCGGUACAUAAAUUCUAUUUUUAAAUUGAUUUCCCAAAUUUUAUUUUCUUUUAAAGCUUUUAUGAUUUCUGAUUUUCUUAACAAUUUUAUUAUGUUUCUAACUUUUAGUUUGAUAUGAAAACUCUGUAAAGAAAAACAAUAUUUGGCUAAACUAAAAAUCCAAUUUUGUGUUGUGUUUUUCACUUUAAUUUCCUUAAUUCAUAACCAAUCACAAUUAUUUGUUGCUUUCGUAUGCAUAAACUUUAACCAUGGCCAAGUUCAGCAAGAUACGUGAUGUGAUCUUGGCAAGCAAAAGAACUGAUGCAACUAAGGAGAUACAACAGCUUGUACCAGAACUAAGGGAAGUCAAAGAAUGCGACUCGGUGGAUGCUGCAAAAGGGAUGCAAUCCAGUGGAUACGAUUCUGUAGAUACAACUGAGUGGAUGCAACCCCGUGGAUGCCAUUCUGAAGAUUUACACAUACCACUUGGUCCGAUGACUCGGUCUAAGCAAGCAAGGUUGCAGGAAGCUCUUCACCAACUCCUAUACACUAUCCAGGGCAGUCUAGAGUGUGCUGAUCCAACCACACUGGUUGUGAUUCAAGCCACCUAGCUCAUUCAUCGAGAGAGGUGUUGUGACUUGCACUCUUUUCCUUGGUUUGGUUUUGUCCCACUAGAUUUUCCAAACAAGGUUUUUAAUGAGGCUUGGACACAACACUACACAUGAUCCUCUUGAUGAAACCAUGCCCAUUUCUUAUCCCAUUUUUCGUCCAUGAAGAAUUAUCCAUAAGUCUAUCUUUUAAAUUUGAACUUUAGUCCUUAUUUUCAUUAAUUACGUUGUGUUUCCAAAAAGUUGUGCAUGUACAGUCUUCUUCUCUAUAUAUUAUGGACGAAAUUCUUCAAUAAAAUCAUCAAACUCUUUUCUAAUAAAAUUAUCUCUGAAUCUUGUUUGAUCAAAGCUUGUCUAGUGUAUUUCGGAUUCAUCCUUACAUUGCAAGCAAAAUCCGAUAGUCUGAGAGCCAAUUCCGCAACUCUUAGAAGUAUCAUCUCAUUCUACUGCUUAUUUUCAUCAUCACAAUCGUUGGAGAACAUUCAGGGACGUGAUCAAUCUAUCCAGGAUCACUUCAAUACGAAACUAUCAAUUUCUAAAAACAUUUUCAUUCCGACAUUUUAGUUGAUGUGAAUCUCAAUGAUUUUGUAAUUUAUUUAUUUCAGCAAUGAUACUAUUCAGUACUUGUUCGGAGAGAACUUUAAUUUACUAAUACAAAUGUUAAAAUAUGAAAACUAAAAAUGAGCUGAUUAAAAGAAAUUAGGGUGUGAACACAUUAAAUUGUUUGCGAUUGAGUUAAGAAAAUUAGUGUGUGCACACAUUAAUUUCUAAAUGAUUGUAAUGCUGAAACGUAAGCAUUCUAAAAUUGAAAUUAUUGUGAGACAGACGCGUUAAUUUGUGUGUGAAUGCAUUUAUUAAGAAUGGUUCUCUUUUAAUAUAUAAGUGAUUUGUUGAUGAUUAUUUCACGUUUCCAUAGAUAGAUCAUUACCUAGUUUACCAAAGUCAGAUAUUGUUCAUACAUUCAGAUCUGAAGGAGAACUCUUUUGGAUACAUGGGGAUACAAUCACACCUUAACUAGGUAUUUAGCAACAGCAUUAACCAGUGACAGACCCAACGUAAUAUUUAACCGGGGUCAAAAUGAUUGUUUUGCUUUAUUUUUUCCAUUUUUGUUUUUAAUGAGUACGUAAUUACAAAAAUAUCCUUCUUCAUCUUUCCCAAUUUCGACCUCCAAAUCCUAAAUUUCGAAUCUCAUCAUUUUUUCACGAUUCACCACGAUUUCAACCUCUUUUCUUAUGAUUUUGUUCAAUUGUAAUGGGAUUUCAACCAUAACUAUGAUUAUAAUCUGAAAAUGUUUUUAAAUAUUUAUUUAUUUUUAUUUUUUUGAAAAAAUCUGAAUUUUAGGAGAAAUUGGUCCAAUCUGCCAAGGUGCACAGCUGAGUAACGUUUAAGCGCAGAGUAAAUGUCCGAUUUGCCCGCGUUUUAGAACAGGGACAUUUUCUAAGGAACCGCGACACUGCCACCAGACUAAAAACAACGAAUUGGUGUAUAUUGAUCUACUUGACCAUUGUUUGUUAGAACUUGAGACAGGUCAUAGAUUUGUACCGUCAGCCGAUGAGUAAAAAAGUACAACUGUUAACAUUCUUAUUUUAGUUGUUUUUUUUUUUUUUUAAAGCAUUCUUAUUUUAGGUUUUAAAGCAUAUAUAGAUGUUUGCUAGAGGAAGAAUAAACCCUCCAAUAAAGCCUCUCACCCAUUUUUGGCAUUUUACCUGAUUCCUAGCUAGAGAUAAAUUCUUUUGUUGCUGCCAUCUCUAAUCCGGUCCUCUUCCUUCCAUUUCUUUUCUUUAAUCUUUUUUUUCUUUACAAUCUAAACAUUUCUCUAUUUUUCGAUGAUAAUGUUUUGAAGAAAAAGAGCGUUAAGAAUAAGAAGAUUUUUACCAAAAAAGAAAAAAAAAAGAUUCAUGCAGGAAAUGUAUUUGUAUAAUCAAUAAGAAAAAGUGUGUUUGUGUUUAAAAAUAAUAAAAAGAUGACGACUGGUGGUGGAAAGGGAGAGAAGAUAUUGGUUUCGGUAAGAGUAAGGCCGCGGAACGACAAGGAAAAGACGAGGAACGAUAUCUGCGAUUGGGAAUGUGUAAACAACACAACCAUAAUCUGCAACAAUAAUUUGCCUGAGAGAUCUCUCUUCCCAUCUACCUAUACAUUUGGUAACAUGUUAAAAGCUAAACUUAACCAUUUUAGAGUUAAGGAUGCUAAGAAAACAAGUUUUGAAUUUUUUGUUACAGACAAAGUGUUUGGAUUUGAUAGCCCCACAAAACAAGUCUAUGAAGAUGGAGCCAAGGAGGUUGCUCUUUGUGUCCUCGAGGGAAUCAAUUCAAGCAUUUUUGCGUAUGGACAGACAAGCAGUGGGAAGACGUACACGAUGAGUGGCAUCACUGAAUUCGCAAUGAAUGAUAUUUUUUGUUACAUUCAAAAGCAUAAAGAACGGGAAUUCACUCUCAAGUUCUCUGCAAUCGAGAUCUACAAUGAAGCUGUGAGGGAUCUCCUUAGUGGAGAUAAUAACCAGUUGAGGCUUCUAGAUGAUCCAGAGAGAGGAACCGUCGUUGAGAAACUUAUUGAGGAGACCCUCCGAGACAGAACCCAUCUAGAGGAGCUUCUUUCAAUUUGCGAGACUCAGAGGAAGAUUGGAGAAACCUCAUUGAAUGAAACUAGCUCCAGAUCACAUCAGAUUCUCCGGCUGACUAUUGAAAGCUCUGGUCGAGAAUUUUCUCUAGAGAGCUCCAGAACUCUUGCUGCAUCCGUGUGCUUCGUUGAUCUGGCGGGAAGUGAACGUGCUUCUCAAACUUUAUCUGCUGGUGCAAGAUUGAAAGAAGGUUGUCAUAUAAACCGGAGUUUACUUACUCUUGGAACCGUCAUCCGCAAACUAAGUAAAGGUAGAAACGGCGGGCAUAUACCAUAUCGAGACUCGAAGCUAACUCGAAUCCUUCAGAACUCUUUGGGAGGAAAUGCGAGAACAGCUAUCAUAUGUACAAUGAGCCCUGCACGUAGUCAUGUUGAACAGUCAAGAAACACACUUCUCUUUGCAACAUGUGCUAAAGAGGUGACGACAAACGCUCAGGUCAAUCUAGUUGUGUCAGAGAAGGCUUUGGUGAAGCAACUGCAACAGGAACUUGCUCGAAUGGAGAAUGAGUUGAAGAACAUAGGAUCUUCUUCUUCUGCAGGCUCUGAGUUCUAUUCAUUGCUGAAACAGAAAGAGGAAGUCAUUUCACAAAUGGAGGAACAAAUGAAAGAACUAAAAUGGCAGCGUGAUGUAGCGCAAUCUCGGGUGGAGACUUUGCUUAAAGCAACAGCAGAAGAGCGGUCUUCUCGGAUGGAUGAACAUUCAAUGUUAAGCUCCAUGGAUUUUGAUGCAGAUCUUCGAAGAAGAAGCUAUGAUUCAAUAGAUAUUGGUGAGCCUAGUACCGUUAAUAACUUCACCGAGAGGAACUUUGAGCUUUUCGAAAACCCUGAAGAAGAUGAUUUCUUGGUGGAAGACAAUAUUCCUCAGUUUUCGAGGUACAAUCUGUACAAUGGCUGGGAGGAGAUUGUUCAAACAACCAACAACCAAAAAGUGGAAGGUGAGCAGAGUUGUGUCCAAGCAGAACCAGUGGAAAGCCAUGACGACAUUGUUGAUAAGAAAGCUGUGUCUGAGGUUCUCUCACCCAGAAAAGAAGAAACUGUAUCAUCUCCGGAAUACCAACCAAGCGAUAGCUCGUUAAUGGGUAAUAAUGAGCAAGAAGAGGUGGAGAUUAGCACUCCUGCCGAAAAGGAAAACGUUGACUUAUCGUCUCCAAAUGCUAAGCCUGAGACCUCGGAUUUGGAGAUGAGAUCAUCAGUUGAAGUACAAGAAACACAGAAAUUUGUGAAGGAAGACGAAGAGGAAAAGAAAGAAGAAAGGAUGACAAGUUCAUCAACAAAGCAAGCUGAAGAAUGCUCAAAUAAAGAAGAAGAAGAAGUUGCUCAGCCAGAGCAGCAAAAUUCACUCCCUACAAAGAAGCAAUGUGAAGAGACAGUCGAAGUGGAAUUAGUACCUGAUGGUGCUAAGCUAGAUGAGGAUGAUAAAUAUUAUAGCGAAUCAUCUGUCUACAUGUCAGAUGAUGUUGACAACAGUACAUACGAGGCUUUGAAAGAAAAGGUAAAGGAGAUGCAGAAGAAAAUUGAAUACCUUAUGAGUAUGCACACAGCAGAACAACAACAGUCACCCUGCUUCAGAAGAGACUACAAGAGUCCGGAACUUUUCACUACAAAAAGAAGCCGAAGUUGCAGAGAGAAUCUCUUGUGUGUUAGAUCUCCUCUAUGGUUUGAUAACUUGGAAGCUAGUAACAAUGCCUCACCUUCCUGGAGGGCUAGGGAGUUAAAUGCAUCUCCUGGACGACCCAUGAACAAGACUACCAGCAUUUCCUUUGAUUCAGGGAGCUCUAUGAGUUCUACACCCAUUGAUGCGCAAAGCCUGAAAGACUGUGAUCCGCAAACGGACAAUAGCUUCCAAGAAUUUGUAGCAGGUCUCCAAGAAAUGGCAAGGCAGCACUCACUUGACUCGACACCUGGGCUAGAUUAUGGAAUUGAGAUCAAGCCGGAAAGCCCUGCAAAUGCAUUGCCAAAUGAUCAAUUAGAGAGAGAGCAGGGUGAUGAUUUGGUAGAAGACGCAGUACCUAAGGAAACAGAUUCCUCCACAGAGACUUUCCCAGAUAAAGGACAAUAUACAAGCAACUUAUCAGACUUUGAGAGACAGCAACGGCAAAUAAUUGAGCUUUGGGCGGUAUGCAAUGUACCACUGGUUCACAGAACCUACUUCUUCUUGCUCUUCAAAGGUGAUCCAUCUGACUAUGUUUAUAUGGAAGUUGAACUCAGAAGGCUAUCUUUUCUGAAGCAGACGAUAAAUAAUGACACGGAAACAUCAAGGACACAAACGGUGAAGGCACUCACACGCGAGAAGGAAUGGCUUUCAAAACAAAUACCAAAGAAAUUCCCAUGGAACCAGAGAAUAGAACUCUACCGAAAAUGGGGCGUGGAGGUGAACUCAAAGCAGAGAAGUCUGCAGGUGGCGUGCAAAGUGUGGACCAACACACAAGACACGGAACACAUAAAAGAGAGUGCUUCUCUUGUGGCAAAGCUGCUUGGAUUUGUUGAGGCUAGUCGAAUGCCGAAGGAAAUGUUUGGCCUCAGCUUGUUACCGGGAACCGAGAACGUAAAAUCAUCUGGCUGGAGAUUUACCAAAUCUUUCUCCAGUAUGCGCUUGACCGGAUCAUAAAAAGGGCACAUACACAGUUCCUGCUCAUAAAAUUGUGGAAGGAUUGUAUGUAAAAUAACUAAAUUUCUAGACGUCAAACCGCAAGAAAAUUAAUCUUUGAAUUUUUUUUUUUUUUUUUGUGAUUCUAACUUAGAAUUUUUUUAUCCUCUUAAAUUUCUUAAUCAAAUUUAAUUGCUCGAUUGGUGAGUCCCACAAUUACAACAUAGGCUGUAACUGGAAAUAGAUUUAAUGAAUGCUAUGAACGAAAGGA